AGCAGGCCCUCCGGCGGAGCUAGCUCUAUCUCGCCGCAGCUGUGCAUCUGGAGCCGUGCAGCUACGGUUCGGACACAUUCCGACACCACCGAGCCAAGCACGUCAACUCCGAUCAGCCAAAACGGCUAGAAAAGCCCGGAGAGCCAUCUCCCUUCUGAGAGCAUAGUUGUGCGCGGCCUGCAGCGGCUACCGGAGGCUGCCAGAGAGCAUACAAGCGAUGCGCCUCAUAGCGCUCCUCGUAACCGGCGCGCGCGCCCUCGCGAAGCCGCCCGCGGUAAUCGGACAGAAACUGCACGACGUCGCGACGCCGGCUUUAUUGCUCGACGCCGACGCCUUCGAGCGCAACUGCGAGACGUUAAAAUCAGCAGUCGCCCUCACCGGCGUGCGCGCGCGACCCCACAUGAAGGCUCAUAAGUCGGGAGCGCUCGCGAAAAGGCAGCUCGAGCUGCUGGACGUGCACGCGGCGGGCGUCUGCGCCCAGACCGUAAGUGAGCUCGAGGCUGCUGUGGACGCGGGCGUCGGUGACGUCUUGCUCACGAAUGAGGUCGUCGGUGCGGAUAAAAUCGAACGCGUCGCGGCGGCCGCAAAAAAAAGCAGUGGUCGAGUUGGCGUGCUGAUCGACGACUUCUGGGCCCAGGCGACCGAUUUAAAUCUCGCGCUGGACGACGAUGUGAUAGUAGAUGCGUACGUCGAGGUCGACGUGGGCCAGCGCCGCUGCGGCGUUUCACCAUCCGAAGCGGCGCCUUUAGCAUUACAAAUCUCACGGUUAAAGAAUCUGAGGUUCGCGGGCUGCCACUGCUACCACGGGCUAUUGCAGCACGUGCCUUCGAAGGCAGAACGACGGGAGGCGGUCGCUGAUGUGGCCGACGCCGUCCGCGAGGUCCGAAAUGCUCUGAGUGCUGCGGGGCUGGCCGAAUUCGUAAUCACGGGCGGCGGCACCGGUACCUUAGCCGCAGAUAGGGACAGCGGUGUGUUCGACGAGGUCCAACCUGGCUCGUUUUGUGUCAUGGACCUCCAGUAUGGUUCAAUAGAGCACGAAAUUGUUUUUGAGAGAGCUCUCGAAGUGUUGACGACGGUCCUCUCGCGGCCAGCACCGAAUCGAUGCGUCGUCGACGCAGGGUCGAAGGCCGUUGACCUCGUCGCCGGGCCGCCAGAUGUGGAGGGUAACAGGCCGUACCGAAGCGGCGGCGACGAGCACGGCAUUUUGGAUCUCGAGGCGGGCGACGAUUUAGCAGUGGGCGCGAAGCUGCGCCUGUACCCGUCGCACUGCGACCCCUGCGUGAAUUUACAUGAUCAUUGGAUCUUGCACCGCGGCGGCGUCGUCGUCGACGUGCUCGCCGUGGACGCGCGGGGGAGCGGGUGCUAA